AUGGAACAGUCACGAAAGCGCCCCCCGGAAGAAGAUCCCCAAACUACCGUUGAAGGCCCCGAGUCGCUCUCACGUCCUAUCAGCCCACCACGCAAGAAAACACGUCCAUCUCCUCCCACCUUACCUUCUCCAUGGCAUCUCACAUGGAUUCAAGAUCUCCCCGAAGAUCUCAACCAGGAUGCCGUGACAUUGACAGAUCUUCUAGGGGAUCCUCUGAUAUCAGAAUGCUGGGAAUUCAAUUACCUUCAUGACAUCCCCUUCCUUAUGGAUGCCUUUGAUAAUGACACACGGCACAUGGUCAAAGUCCAUGUAAUACAUGGCUUUUGGAAACAGGAGGACCGGAGUCGUCAGCGGCUCAUGCAUGAUGCCUCCAGAUACAGCAAUGUACAGCUUCAUGUAGCUCCGAUGCCUGAGAUGUUUGGGACGCAUCAUUGCAAAAUGAUGAUUUUGUUUCGGCAUGAUGAGACUGCACAAGUCAUCAUCCACACAGCUAAUCUGAUACCUAAAGAUUGGACCAACAUGACCAACGCCGUGUGGAAGUCCCCAAUCCUUUCCAAGAUUGCUAACUCGGUGGAACGUAUCGAUACCCCAUCCAGCACCGCCGUUCUAGGAACCGGGGCCAGGUUCAAAAGAGACCUGUUGAACUAUCUGAAGAAAUACGACCAAAGGAGGACCACCCUCCAGCCACUUGUCGACCAUCUCGGGCAAUAUGAUUUCUCUCCUGUUCGCGCUGCGUUAAUUGCUAGUGUCCCGGGCACACACAAACUCAACGACAGCCCACAGACUCUAUGGGGCUGGCCAGCUUUGAAACAGCAACUUCAGUCAGUGCCUUGUGCUGAAGGCCCAGCGGACGUCGUUGUCCAGAUCUCUUCCAUCGCUACUCUUGGGGCUAAAGAUGAAUGGCUUAGAAAAGUUAUCUUUGAUUCCCUCGCCCAGUCUCGAAAUCUCAAACCAAUCCAAAGUCCAAAAUUCAAAGUGGUGUUUCCGACAGCCGAUGAGAUCAGGAGGUCCAUCGAUGGGUACGCAUCAGGAGCCUCCAUCCACACCAAGACUCAAUCAAAGCAGCAGGAGAAGCAGCUGCACUACCUCCGACCUCAUUUCUAUCACUGGGCGAACGAUGGCGUAAAUGGCCAAGUCCUGCCAGACGAUGUGCCGACCCUGGAUGGUGGACGCGCGCGGGCAGCACCUCACAUCAAGACGUAUAUUCGAUACAAUUCAAACUCGAUUGAUUGGGCAAUGUUAACAUCGGCGAAUCUAUCCAAGCAAGCAUGGGGAGAGGCUUGCCGGCCAGCCUCAGGAGAAGUGCGCAUCGCAUCGUGGGAAAUUGGCGUAUUGGUCUGGGCCGAAUUGAUCGAAGAAGGCUCCAAAAUGGUCCCAACCUUUAAGACCGAUCUUCCCACAUUGAGCGAGCGAGACAAUGACCAAACGCAGCCGCUCGUCGGGAUACGCGUUCCGUACAAUCUGCCUCUACAAAAGUACGGCCCUCAAGAAGUACCCUGGGUGGCAACUAUGACACACAAGGAACCAGAUCAACGGGGGCAAAGUUGGGUGAAUUGCGGUCUGGCCAUGGGUCGAGAUCGAUCCAUUGGGGCGUCCAACCGCGAUUUUCAUUCUGCGCUUUCAUCCUCAUUCAGAUCCUCCUCGCCGCUUGCGGAACAGUACCUAGCCCAGGAUAUCGCCGCCUGCUCUGACGACGAUGUGGAAACAGACCAUGAAGACGGAUUGUCCGAGGUAGACCACCAUGGCAAUGCUGGUCAUUUCACAUACCGGCGCCCCAGCGGAGUCACUUAUGGCGGCUUCCGCCCAGUCCUCAACCCCCAGGCCGCAGAGGAUCCCGGCCUGAGCCCUCUGGAGAGGAAGCAGUCUCGUGAUGCAGAGCGAAGUCUGCUUAGGGAUAAUCACAUUCUGCCUCCCAAGCAUGGCGAGAGAAAGCACGAGGGUCUCGCUUCCCGUGCAUACCACCGCCUGUUCAGCACCAAGGUGCCCUCCCACGAGGAGGACGCCCCGCGGAUCGUCGUUGACUCUGCCGACGAGCAGUCUCCCCUCCUUGGGGGCUCUGCGAGAGGUGCAGCUCCUCCACCUGACAGUCCUGAAGCAGACAUAGACGAAGAUGUCGAGGAUCAAUGGAUACAGGCGGUCGCUGAAGGGCGCAUCCGCACCACUUGGCAACGGGAAGCCAAGACCCUCUCGCAAUACGCUACACCUCUGAUCGCCACCUUUUUCCUGCAGUACUCUAUCAACGCAGCGAGCAUAUUUGCUGUCGGGCGCAUUGGGAGCAUUGAGCUUGGCGCCGUGUCCUUGGCGAACAUGACAGCGGCCAUCACAUGUCUGGCUCCCUUCCAAGGGCUGGCAACCAGUCUCGACACCCUGUGUGCUCAAGCCUACGGCUCGGGACACAAGCACCUCGUGGGGCUCCAAUGCCAGCGUAUGGUAUGCUUCCUCUUCACGCUCACUCCCCCCGUUGCCGUUGUCUGGUAUUUCUCCGAGCACAUCCUCGGCCUCAUACUCCCAGAGCCUGAAUCUGCUCGGCUCGCCGGCAUGUACCUGAAAGUGAUGAUCUUCGGCGUGCCUGGGAUAAUAUUGUUCGAGUGCGGCAAGCGCUUCACCCAAGCCCAGGGCAUAUUCCACGCAACCACGUAUGUUCUCUUCAUUGUAGCACCCCUCAACAUCUUCAUCUGCUGGCUUCUCGUCUGGAAGCUCGAGUAUGGAUUCAUCGGCGCCCCCAUCUCCGUCGUAAUCACCGAGAAUCUGCUGCCCCUGUUCCUCUUCCUCUAUGUGCGAUUUAUCGACGGGUCUCAGUGCUGGGGCGGGUUCAGCAAGAGGGCGUUUUCCAACUGGUGGGUCAUGAUCCGCCUUGCUCUGCCUGGUAUGAUCAUGGUCGAGGCCGAGUGGUUGGCCUUUGAGAUCAUGACGUUGCUGGCGAGUCGCUUCGGCUCCAAUGUGCUUGCGGCCCAGAGCAUCCUGUCCACCUUGGCCUCCAUCUCAUACCAGAUCCCCUUCCCGGUGUCCAUAGCUGCGUCCACCCGAAUCGCCAAUCUAAUCGGUGCCGGUCUCGUUGACGCCGCAAAAACUGCCUCCAAAGUCGCUUUCAUCACCGCCUGUCUCAUCGGGUGUUUGAAUCUCACCCUAUUUAACUCCCUUCGAUACUACUUGCCUCUGCUCCUCACAAAGGAUCCAGAGGUCAUCGAGCUCGUAGCCCGUGUUCUCCCAGUAGUAGCCGUGAUGCAAGUGUUCGACGGAAUAUCAGCCGGCGCCCACGGCAUCCUGCGCGGCAUUGGAAGACAAUCCAUCGGCGGCCCGGCAAACAUCAUUGCCUACUACGUCAUUUCUCUGCCAAUCUCCCUCGGCCUGGCCUUUGGCCUUGACUGGCAGCUUCAGGGGAUGUGGCUCGGUGUCACAGUCGGGUUGAUAGUUGUCUCGUUGAUCGAAUACACAUAUCUUUUGAAUACAAAUUGGCACUCGGCGGCGCGAGAAGCCCAAUCCAGGAACGAGGCCAACUAA